GUUUUUUUCAGAGGGGACAACGUGCUGUGCGAGCUUGUGGCGUUGUCUGCGUUUCUGCAUCAAGUCUUGAAAAAUAGCUUCUAGUGGCCUUUCACCAAUAGUACAGAAUGAUGCUCAGUGAAAAAAAGGGACCACACAACGGUAAAAUACCAGCUAUAGGGUGCUUUUAUCGUACACGGGUAAGUAGAUGAAUAACAAACUGCAAGCUGCCUAGAAUGUUAGCAUGUACCAAGAAUAUUCCCCUUUUUUGGUUCUUUUCUUAUAUUCGCGCCGGUUGUCACGGCGGACACAUUUUUUUAAACGAUUCGCAAAUCGUACUGGAGCACACCUUCAAGUCGGCGUUAUCAAUAUUUUCUGUGACACUUGACUGCAGUUUCAACGUACUUUGGACAAGGUGGCUCUUUGGUGUCUUGCCGAUAACUUGGGCGGUCUUGGCAACGCGUUUGGGUGAUUUCCAAGACCCUGGAUUCAUAUUUCCCUUGGAGGGUAUUUUUAAAAGCCGCUUCGCGAUCGUUCCCGUCUUGGCCGCCAUGUCAGCACCAUUCAUUCCACACAUCGUGCAGUUUGCAAAGUUAAGCUUUUUCACAACGGUCAGAGUCGUCAUCGUUUUAUACAGGUGCAGUGCGAGUGCGUUUUUCAGGAAUACAGAACAAGAGAUAAAGUAAUUGGGUAGGUUUUCUGAUGGAUCUUGGGGCGUGCGCCUUUUAUUAACAGGCACUACGCGCUAAACAAGUAUCAAAUGUUUUCCUCGUAUUAGUGCUUUUUACAAAGGUUUGUUACCUGGUACGGCUUGAGCAACAUUCAAAGUAAUAAUGAAGCAGGUUGAGGGUACGAAUACAGUUUAUUUACCAAUUUUAAGAGCAAAACAAAUAAUUGGAUACAGAGAAGAGUGAAUUGGGUGUUGAUAAAAAUCAAAUUGAAUGUGCAUGAACAACAGCAAAUGAAACGUUGCCAUUUGUCAGCCCCAAUAUUUAUGCUGGGAAAACAAGGACGAACCAUCGGCCACACGGGAUAGUGCAUGGUACAUCAUUCGUAUUAACCAAUCAUAUUCUGUAAGAAUGAGCAAACGGGGAAAACAAAGAGCGUUGACGGCCAACGAUUUAGACCUAUAAGGCUGAUGUGAAAGGUCAGGAGUGCAUAUAUAAAAG